CUACAACUUGGAAAGGCAAUUGAUAGGGAGGCAUGACGAAUUGAUAGGGAGGCAUGACCCUUAGGGAAGCAUGAAAAUCCCGGUCGUUGAUUGGCCCAAUUUUUAUUGUUAGUGCAAGUGAAUUCUGCCACCAACCUUCCGAAGUCCUGUCUCAACUGACCCACAGAAGCUGCCCAGAGCUCCCUUCAGCUUGACGCGUUAAAUCCAAUGCACGUAACGAAGCGAAGCCAUCACAAGCCUUCUUGACGAAGAAUCCCUUGCUUUGCCAAUAUGGAAACCCGUUCGAGUCGCCAUUCGAAGCGACAAGUAGGGAGCGAUGAUCUUGACAAUCAGUCGCAUUCUCGGAAGCGCCAACGAACCAACAACAAUACCCCACGAUCCGACCCUUCGCCCUCGCGAUCGGCCGUAAGCCAAAGCUCCAGUAUUGGGCAAUGGUACGGCAUUGGGGAUGAAGAUGUAUUGAGCAACCUCUUUGCUUCUCACCCGGAAACGUUUACUACUGUCCCAUGCCCCAACGGAUCACACGGGCUCUAUGCGCCCAUGCGCCCACGUGGCAGUUGCGAUCCGACUAUAAGCUUUACUUUUCGUACGAUUUCCCUAGACCGGGGGGCAAUCGAUGCAAGUCACGAUACCGAUACCCGGGCCAGAGCCUAAUUUGCUGGCCAGUUCCUCUCCCGAACCAAGCCAGCAAUCCAACGGACCUCUCUCUCCUCAGACGCAGUUCCGAUCUGCCCUGCGAUUGAUCCGAG